AUGUCGUCGCAGAAGGCUUGGGCCGUUAUUGCUGGUGUUGGACCUGGAACAGGCGCCUCUGUCGCCCGCCGGUUCGCACAGGAUUAUUCAGUCGCCUUGUUGGCUCGAAAGCCCGCAAACUUCGAUCCGGUGGUGGCGGAGAUCAAUGCCGCCGGCGGUAAGGCCAUUGGUAUCAGCACUGACUGCUCUGAUGGAAAGAGUGUGAAGGCCGCGUUUGAACAAUUGAAGAAGGAGAUUGGAGGGGGGACACUUGCCGCUGCAAUCUACAACGUAGGCGGACGCUUCAUCCGCAAACCUUUUCUUGAGCUUUCUGAGGAAGAGUUUGAGAGUGGCUGGGAAGCGAAUGGGCGCGGAGCAUUCCUCUUCUCCCAAGCUGUACUGCCACUGCUCUUAGAGAGCUUCAAGGCAACCCCGGCGUUUCCUCCCACCCUUAUCUUCACGUCAGCCACCGCCGCCAUGAAAGGUUCUGCACAGUGCGCCUCCUUCGCGACAGGAAAGUUCGCCAUGAGGGCUUUGGCACAAUCGCUGGCAAGAGAGUUUGGACCCAAGGGCAUUCAUGUCGCGCACGCUAUCAUUGAUGGAGUGAUUGAUAUUGAAAGGACUAAGGGGUACCACUUCGAUCACCCAGACGCAAAGAUCAAACCUGAAGCGAUCGCCGAUUCAUACUGGUACCUGCACACUCAGCCGAGGACCUGCUUUACCAACGAGAUUGAUAUUCGACCAUACAUUGAAAAGUGGUGA